UCACAGGCAGACGUGUGACGUAUGGUGACGUUCCGUUACGUGUUUCUUGGCGGGACGGCGUCGUUAUAAAAUUAAGUCGCGCGGCGUAAACAGUUUGAUGUGUUGCAGCUGGUGACAUUUUGAUAAGCAAAAAAUUGUUAACUUUAACGGGCGAGUGUAACGACGACGCCAGGGACUAACCUCUGCUUCUUCGUCUUCUUUUUUUAAUCUUGACAUAAGACAGCGUUAACCUAACUCAAUCGAGGAAUCUUCACUCGGUUUUUCUUCUUUUUUUUUCUUUUCUUUUUUUUUUUCUUUUUUUUGGUGAUGGAGUCAUCUGACAGCCAGGGGAAACUCAAUCACAUGGUGGGGACUAUGGAGCGAAAUGAUGUUCCUGCUGCUGAAGGUGCCACCGGACAGAAAGACACGUCACCUGUAGACAUGCUGAGAAUAAAGCAACAGAUGUCCAACCAGUGCUUUGAGAUGGCAGUACAGCUCAACGCAGAAAAAAAUAAAAGGUCAUGCAGCACAUCUGAAGCAGAGAGAGACUUGCCAGAAUAUAUCGGUGAGCUUGAAAGGGUGAAGACGCUUCAUUUUAACAGCACACUGACCCUGCACAGAAUGCAGAUGUGGCACGCUAUCGGAGAAAAGCUGAACUGGAGUGACUCUGAAGCAGAUGCUCUGAAAGCCAUAAGUGACCGCUGCAUGGGUCUUUGUUCACACAUAAAACACCUUCAACAGGAGUCCAAAAAACUUCAAGAUGAGGUUACAGAAAUACAGAAGAACAGACUUGAGAUGAAACGGCUCACGCAUGAGAAGAUCAAACACAUGGAGGAGUCUUCAAAGAAAGAGUAUCCAGACAUGGAAAAGUACAAAGCUGCGUUAGAGAAAGGCCAAGCAAACCUGGAAAAAUAUAAAAAGAUGGCCAUCAUGACCCAAAAUGUCCUCAGGGGCAUUCUCUUGGCCUGUAAAGUCAACUGGCUUGAUGAUCCCAAACUUCGAGACAUCGCCAUGACACUCGAGGAGUUUCCCAUCUCUGAGUAAAGAUGUAAAAGCAAUGCCGCCAGAUCGCCACCAGAGGGCGCGGAGGAAGCGAGCCAACAGAUGAAACCU